GUUUAUAGCUAAAAUUUGUAGAUUUGGUGUUUCUGUGCAGUGGAUCAUCUGGUAAAUAAUGCAGGAAUCGGUGGUAAAAAGCCUGUAACUGUAGAGAAUAUGCGUGAUGUUUCUGAAUACACUGCAGUUAUGGAUGUGAAUUUUUGGGGAGCAGUUAAUGCGACAUUAUUUGCAAUCCCACAUCUGAAAAAUAGCAAAGGGAGGAUCAUAGUGAUUGCUUCAGUUGGCGGAUGGUUCCCACUACCACUGAUAAGUAUCUAUAAUGCGAGCAAAGCAGCAAUAACAAACUUCUUUGAGACUAUGAGAAUGGAAUCUGGCACUGCUAUCGGCAUAACAAUUGCCACGCCCGGUUUUAUCAGGACAGACCUUACAUUAAAGGCCAAAUUUGAAUUGAAGGUUUACAUUAAAGACCUUACUGCAGAAAUUGUUNUGGGACACGAUAUCUUUUGUUCAAAUAUAUGAUANGAGAUCAUCAUCUUUUAAGUAAUCUUUUCCUAUUUUGAUAAAUUUUUACCUUUCAAGAAACCUUGACAUAACAGCUACCACUUUAAUUUAUUCAUAAACUUAGUACCUAUGAUUCUUGCAUAUGUUCCAUUUAUAUCUNUUUAGUAUAACUUUUGCUAAAAGAUGUAUCACGUUUUCUAUUUGAUAGCUGAUAAAUCAUACAUGUGAGACUGCUUUGUUUGAUUGAUGUCUUACCAUGAGGAGAUAUUUAAUUUUACAUAGCUGUAAGAAUAGGGGUUCAUUGGUAUUAUCAUGUGUGCCAGCUUUCAUUUCGCUUUUCUUUUAUACUUAGCUUUGUUUCACCUAAUUCAUUGACUGCUUAAAGUUUCGUAUAAACCCAAUGCAAAAUCAUGGCAGAUGACAGUUCUUAUCUUACAAAUGUUGCACAUGCAGAGAUACAGUUGNAAUCCACAUUAAUUGGUAUUGAUAGAGAUAUGCUUGAUUGUCCCUUUCUCUUACAUAUUUAUUUUGUGUAUUUUGAUUAAUUGAGAACCUAUAAGUACUAGAAUUUAUGGUAAAUUAGCUAGGUGACUGUUAUGACAGUGACAGAUAUAUGUAAGCCAGAAUAAUAAGCAAGUAAAGAAAACUUGGCUUGGUUAAAGAUUGUAAAAGUUAGUGUUUUCUUUUUGGUGUAAUAUUGUGAGUUUUGAAAACAAUCUC